GUCCGUCGCGCAGUGAUGACGUUCGAUAGCGUUGGCACGAGGGGCGGAGCCAGGCGUGGAAAGGGCCGUUUUGAUUGGUUCUCGGUCUGGAAGGGGCGCGGGGUCUCCUGGGAUCCGGAAGAAGUCGCCUUUCUGCGCGGAAGUCGGCUCUUUAGAGUCAUAGAAGUGAGCCACGCCGGGGCUGUGGGAAUAAGAUGGCGGGGAAGAAGAAUGUUCUGUCGUCUCUGGCAGUUUACGCGGAAGAUUCAGAGCCCGAGUCUGACGGAGAGACUGGAGUUGAAACGGCGGGCGGCGCGGCUGGUGAGGCCCGAGAAGGGAACUGGAAAGGGAGAAUCAGAGGAGAAAGGUGGAUUGGUAUCCAAAGCCUAUGGAGAGGAUGACUUUUCUCGCCUUGGGGUUGAUGAAGAUGGUUAUGAAGAGGAGGAGGAUGAGAACAGCAAACCGUCGGAAGAUGACGAUUCAGAGACUGAAAAACCUGAGGCUGAUGACCCAAAGGAUAACCCGGAAGUAGAAAAGCGAGAUCCCCAGGAAUUAGUUGCCUCCUUUUCUGAAAGAGUCCGGAACAUGUCACCUGAUGAGAUCAAGAUCCCUCCAGAGCCCCCUGGCCGGUGCUCUAACCACUUACAGGACAAGAUCCAGAAGCUGUAUGAGCGGAAGAUAAAGGAGGGAAUGGACAUGAACUACAUCAUCCAGAGGAAGAAGGAAUUUCGGAAUCCCAGCAUCUAUGAGAAGCUCAUCCAGUUCUGUGCGAUUGAUGAACUCGGCACCAACUAUCCAAAAGAUAUGUUUGACCCCCACGGCUGGUCUGAAGACUCCUACUAUGAGGCAUUAGCCAAAGCCCAAAAGAUUGAAAUGGACAAGUUGGAAAAGGCCAAAAAGGAGCGAACCAAAAUUGAAUUUGUGACUGGCACCAAGAAAGGCACCACGACCAACGCCACGGCCACCACCACCACCACGGCCAGCACAGCCGUCGCAGAUGCCCAGAAGAGAAAGAGCAAGUGGGACUCAGCCAUCCCGGUGACGACAAUAGCCCAGCCCACCAUCCUCACCACCACGGCCACCCUGCCAGCUGUCGUCACCGUGACCACCAGCGCCAGCGGCUCUAAGACCACCGUUAUCUCUGCCGUGGGCACCAUCGUGAAGAAGGCCAAGCAGUGACCCGAGGGACCCCAGGGACCGCCUUAGGGUGGCUUGGACAGUCUCUCCUCCAUGGAGGGGAGGAGCCACUCUGGGACCUGACGAGACCACGGCCUCCUGGGAGGUUCCACAUUGUAUAUUUCAGGACUGGGACCCGUUCCCCAUCCCUCCUCCCUGCGAGGAGCUCCGGGUGGUGUUUGACCUGGAAGAAGCAGGGCUGCAAAGGAGCAGGGCUCUGUGGACGGUGCCCCCGCCACGGGGUCUGCGCCCUAUUAAAGUGCCGCGUCCUCACAUCUCGGCGUCUCGGGUGCCCUGGUCUCUUCUACAGUCUGUUUUUCAGGCAAAUGUGAAAACUCAAGUGUCCUCUCAUCUUCUCUGUUGGGAUCCUCACCUCGGGGUUGACAGCGGGGUGACCAUAGCCUGUGGCCCGGCUCAGAGGGGGUGUCCCGAGAAGUCACCUCAGUCAUUCCCAGUGAAUGCCUCUUGGCGCGGGCAGGCAGGAGUCCUGAGAGUGGGGAAGGCCCAGGCUCCUGCUACCCUGGUCCUGGAGCUCUGAACCCCACCAGUUGUCAGGCAGGAGCCCAGCUUGUCCCCCCCUGGGUGCAAUUGAGCCCUCCUCCAACCACCUCUUGGACACACCCUGGCCUUUGAAGUCUCACCAGUCACCAGAAGGGCUGGGGCUGGCCCCUGGCCCACGCAGGGAAGGGGCAGGUCACAGUGGGGAGAUGAAUCACCUCCUGGCCUGGCUGGGCAGCUGCUCAUUGUUUACGUAAAGCCCGGCUCCUGGGAGGAUCCGCCACCCCACCCUUCCUGCGCCUGUUAUCUCUGCCCCACAGCAGCCCUCGGGCAGCGCCAGUGGCCUCGGGGCUCCUCUGGGGCAAAAACAGAUUUCCCAGCCGCUGCCAGGCCUGGAGUCAGGAGGUAAAGAGUGCUUUUCCUGCUCUUGGGCAGCUCUCUCCCCGCCAGCGGAAGGGCCGCGCGUCAGAGAAGGAAGCCGGGCUGUGAAGCGCUGACCUGCUUCCCCAGAGCGGGCAGGGGUUCAGAAAAGUGGUCCCCAGGAGGCACUGGAUGCUGGUGCAUGACUGGGAGAGUGUGACGACCCAGCCCUGUGGCCCCCAGAGUAGAGAUGGAGCCACCCCUGCCCCCUCCCCACAAAUACAUCCUCAGCUGCAGAAGAGGUCAGGUCUCCUGUCUUUUGAGGAAUUUCACAGCUGUGUGGCAGCAGCUGGGACCUCGGAGUCAGCACCUCUGCUCUGGAGCCCAGGUUAAAAGAAAUUGUGUUUUGAGUUGUGUGUGUCUCAGGCCCUUUGCUCUGUAAGUCUUCUCUGUCAAAUCAUGGUAAUAAAGCUUCUUGAGCUGGUCGUGAGGAA